CUUAAGUUUUGUAACCAAUUAAUCUGGUUUUGGAGUGGCGGAGUUUGGGGAGAGAAACAGAGGGAAGAUAUUUGUUUGCUUGAUUCCACAUGACAACUCCAGGGUAACUGAAUAGACUGUACGGUUGGUUUGACAAGGCAGAACAUUCAGCCAGCAGCUUCACAUACCAGAGGCAGGGGGUUGGCAGGGGGACUCUGACAGUUGUAAUGGAUUUUAUCAGAAUUUCUCCAAAGGCUUGACUGUUUUCUCUUCAAUUAUUAAUGCUUUGCAGAGGGGUUGUUUGCUCCUCUUUCUGUGAGGUCAGUGAAUACAAGACUUCAUACUAACAGCACAAUCCAGCAUGAAUUCAGCCCCUUAAAUUCAGUGGGGCUUACUCCCAGGGUUCAAAAACUGGAAUGUAGAACUGGUGGCUUUCGCUGGACUAGGUCAGUCCUUCUAUUCCUCUGAAGUCAAACUAUCUACCUAUGAGGCAUCACCAGAAACUGACGCUGGGUAAUUUGGAUACAGAUUAUGGCAGAAGAGGUCCAAAAAUAUGUGAAAAAGAAUCCAAUGUGUAGGAGAGGGACACUUUUUUUAUGAUGGAUUAUUGACUGAAGCACGUUCUGGCUGAACAAUCAACUAUGCACCAUCUCUUUGGACUUGUUUUGGGACAAAAGGAUCUUUCACGUGCAGGGGACCUCUUCUCCUUAGACGAUUCUGAAAUAGAAGGAUGUCUGUCAGAAGCUCUCGAGCAAAUAAAAACUAUUAGUUCAUCUCCAGACUACCAAACAAAUGACAACGACCAGGCAGUUGUGGAGAUCUGUAUCACACGAAUCACAACGGCCAUCAGGGAAACAGAAUCCAUAGAGAAACAUGGGAAAGCCCUUGUUGCACUCUGGGAAUCUUGCUUAGAGCACAAUCUGAAACCUUCGGGGAAAGAUGAAGAUACACCACACGCAAAGAUUGCUUCUGAUAUUAUGAGCUGCAUUUUGCAGAAUUAUAACCGUCCUCCCAUCAUGGCAUUGGCUGUCCCUGUCGCAGUCAAGUUUCUGCAGAGGGGUAACAAAGAACUGUGCAGGAACAUGUCGAGUUAUCUCUCCCUUGCUGCAAUUAGCAAAGCAGAUCUGCUGGCCGAGCACACAGAAACCAUUGUAAAAAGUGUCCUGCAAGGGAACGCAAUGUUGCUACGCGUAUUACCCUGCUUGUAUGAAAAGCAGUCGCAGCCAAUUAACAGCCACCUGAAGGAUCUGGUAUCGCUGAUGUCUCAAUUGGAGCAGCCUGAACAGCAGCACCUUUUACGGCUUUUGCUUAUAGUUGCAAAGAAAAAACAACCAGAGGUGCUCAAAGAAUGUAUCCCUGCUCUCACUGGUCACCUAAGAGAUCCCCAUCACAAUGACCUCAUCCUAAAUAUACUGAUAGAAAUAUCGGACUAUGAACCAGAAGUAUUGACCAAUUUGCUUCCAAUACUGAAGGAGAUUGGGGAGAGUUUCCCAAGUCUGAUUGGACAAACUGCCAAGAUCUAUGGAGCGGUUGGACAUGUUGAUGAGGAAAGAGCCAGGAUCUGCCUGAUCUACUUGGUUAAUCAGCUGGCCAACAUGGAGCAUUCAUUUCACCAUAUUCUUCUGUUGGAGAUCAAGCACAUCACAGACACCUUCUCCAAUAUCCUGGGCAUCCAGAGCAGAGACAUUUAUCGUAUGAGCAACAGUUUCACAGCCAUAGCAAAACUUCUCAUCCAACAGCUGGAAAACAACGCCACCGCUGAGAGCAGGGUAGAAGAUGUUGCUGAAACAGAAUCUCCUUCUCAGCUGGAUGACUUAAAAUCCACUAUGAAUGGGAAUGAAGGCGAUGAAAAGCUUCAGGUUAAAAAACAAGCUUUUGAAGAGAAAAUAAACACUGACAGCAGUACUCCUGGCUCUGUACGCCGGUAUAGUCUUGGCCAGGUUUCUAAAGAAGAAAGGAAGGACAUGAGGUUUAACAGGUCCAAAAGUCUAGCUUUGCAUGCUGUCCGUUUGAGGAGUGUUCAUUCUGACAAUGGACAAGAGAUGGAGAAUGGAGAUGUUACAGCCGGCAUCUCUUUCACAGAUAUCUAUCUGAGCCAAGAAGCCGACAAAUUGCCUUCCAGUGCAGACACUGAAGAGUCGCAGCUGGAACAGUCUUCACUUUCGCACCCAAGUAUCAAAUGUACAGAACCAGAGAAUCUGCCAGAACCCGUUAAAGAAAACUGCCAUGAAGGGAGCCCGAAGACAAUACAGAAUCCUGCCGAGUAUCAAGAUAAGAUUUACUUUCACUUAAAGGAAAAUCUCUCUAAAGUGAAAGCAUAUGUCGUGGAGAUGGGGAAGAAAAUUCCUCUCCCAGAUGAGUGUGUUAUUGAAGAUACCGUCAGAAGUUGUGUAGCAAAGUUGUUCUUCAGCUGUCCCCUGAAAGGACAUUACUGCCUGUACAGUAAAUCCAGUUUUACUCUCAUCAGUCAACAGCCUCAGCUUUGGAUCCACAUCAUGUUUCUCUUUCAGCAGCAGAGUUUGUUCCCAGAAGCUUUGUCCAUGCAAAAUAAUUCUGUACAAGCCUUGAAAGCGUUGUGGGAGAAAACCCAGCUGAAGGGAACACACAGCUUUGAAACUGCAAUGGUUCAGUCUACAUUUCCACACCAAAAGGAUCUGGACCAUGUGCGGAUACAUCUGGAAGAAGUGAGGUUCUUUGAUUUAUUUGGUUACAGCGAGGAAGCAGGGGCUUGGCAGUGCUUCAUGUGUAAUAACCCCGAAAAAGCAACAGUUGUCAAUCAAGAUGGCCAACCCUUAAUUGAAGGCAAGCUGAAAGAAAAGCAAGUUCGGUGGAAAUUCAUCAAAAGGUGGAAAACCCGCUAUUUCACGCUUGCUGGGAAUCAGCUUCUCUUUCGCAAAGGGAAAUCUAAAGACGACCCAGACGACUGCCCCAUUGAGCUCAGCAAGGUCCAGAGUGUCAAAGUGGUGGCCAAGAAACGCAGGGACCGCAGCCUCCCUCGGGCCUUUGAAAUAUUCACGGACAGUAAGACCUACGUUUUCAAGGCCAAAGAUGAGAAGAAUGCCGAGGAAUGGCUCCAGUGCAUUAACGUAGCAGUUGCCCAAGCGAAAGAAAGGGAGAGCAGGGAAGCAACCACAUAUUUGUAAGAACUCUGGGCCUGUUUAUAUGAUUCACAAGGCUAGCACACACGAAUAUGUAAAAUAUCCCAUCAUCUGAGUCACGGAAGGAGAAAAAAAGGCAAUAUAAGACCUCAUUGAUAAUAUUGCUCAAGCUGGGCGCCGUUGCAACAUCCCUUGUUUAUGAGGAGUGGUGCGGGGAGUAAUGCAACUAAUGCCAUGUCCAUUAUAGUUGCUUCAGACUGACAAAUGUGCUUCCAAUCUCUCCUGUUCUAUAGUGGCUGCAUUCAGACAGCACUUUAUUCUAUUCCACACUGGAACAUUUUUGUGUUUUAUGCAAUCAUUCACACAUACUUCAGGAAAUCUAGCAGAAUCUAGUGGAAGUUCAACACUCGUUUCCACGUUAAUUGCUUCCAGGAAGAAAAAAUAAAAAACCAUUUGCAACUUCGUUAACCCCUUGGGAAAACUGUGGGAGUCUUGUGCUGUAAUUUCACGGAUCCCAUCACUGGCUCUCACGUGAAAUGGUGGUGCUGUUCUGGCAUACUUUCGUCUCCCACCAUUUUCAUGGGUGAACAGAAGCAGGCAUGCUCACAAAGGAUGCAAUGCAUACAGUGGUGUUUGCUUUUGUGUUACGACACAGCCAUUGAUACGAAUGGAAUUUAGCACAGCAUGGUGAUAUAUCUGUCAAAAGGCUACAGUUCUGUAUGCAGCAGGUAAUGCAGCAUAAAAGGAAUGUUGGAAACAGGGACAGAAGCGCUAGCAUUACAACCAGAAAACUAUCACAAUAAUCCCCACAUCUGAGUGCACUCAGUGCUUGUUCGGGGGACCAAUGCAUUUCUGUACAUAGAAUGAACAUGGACACUACAGAAGCAACAUCUUGCUCCUUGGAUAAUACCUUGUUGUUGUUGUUUAGUCGUUUAGUCGUGUCCGACUCUUCGUGACCCCAUGGACCAGAGCACGCCAGGCACU